AUGACGACGACUCUUAGGCUUCUGAUGAGAUCCUUCACCGCGCAGGCAACUUGCGCAGGGAGAUUGCCUGUGUCUCGCCGCAACUUCUCUUCAUCCGCAACACCGGAAGCCAAGGCUGAAAUUAACGAGAGGAAGGAAAAGUAUGUGAGGGAGUCGUUGGAAUUUCUUCAGAGUGGUGAAAAAGAUACUUCACAGUCAUCAGAGGCCUUGCUCAUGAAUAUCAAGUCCAAGCUUGGUAUGGAAGACAACGCGGACGGGAUGAAGGACGAUUUGGCAUACCUCAAACGUGCCAUGGAAGUGCUUUUACUAAUCAACAGAGUUGAUCCAGUCACACUUCAACCACCACUUACACGUACUGAAGAUGUCUAA